ACAAAGGGACUGAUCUAAACAAGUGGCCAUAGCUUCCUUAACAUUCUACCAACAAAACACAAACCUUAUUCAUCAUUCAACAUGCAGACAUCACUUCUUCACGAGCUAGUUGUUCCAAUCAUACAUGACCAGUUUCAAAAGUCGGAUAACAGAUACUUACUUGAUUCUGCCUCUCAUCCAUGUCAAUAUCCAUCUAAACAUCAAAGCAAAUGUAGAGCAAGUUCUAACCAAAAAAAGCGCAGCAGGAAGGCAGAUAUUAAUUCUGAAACUUCAGCGAGACUUGGGACAAACAUAUCUGAAACUAUAAAAAGGAAGUUGAGCUUAGGAGCAAGAAUUCUUCAAGUGGGCGGAGAGGAGAAAAUGUUCAUGAAAUAUUUUAGUGUGAUCGUGGGGGAGAGGCUGUUGAAAGUUUGCCAUUGUUAUCUGUCGACCACAUCUGGCCCUCUAGCUGGUCUCCUCUUCAUAUCCACUGAAAAGGUUGCCUUUUGCAGUGACAGAUCAAUAAAAGUGUUUAAUCAGAAAGGUCAAAUGUGUAGGAUACGCUAUAAGGUUGUCAUUCCAGCGAAGAAGAUAAAGUGUGUGAGUCAAAGUCAAAAUGUUGAGAAACCAACACAGAAGUACAUUAAUAUCGUUACAAUGGAUAAUUUUGAUUUCUGGUUUAUGGGUGUCUUCAAAUAUCAGAAAACUAUAAAAUAUCUCGAGCAAGCAAUUUCACAAGUUUAGAUGAAUCUUCCUUCCCAAGUCCACCAUAUGUGCAUAAUAUAACUAGACGAUGCUCGAAGAAAGCUUCAUAUUGCGAUUACAAACAUUAAGAUUUAAGAUAUAAAACUUUGAAAAAAUGAUAACCAACAAGACAUGCUAUGGAAAAGAGAUUUUAGGCUGUGUUUGAAAAAGGGGGACUUUGUGGACAGUAUUGAUCAUUCAGAAGCAGAAAACAUAUUGCGGAAUUUGGGCUUUCGGCAUUUCCCCCAAGUUUGACUAGUGAACACAUAUGCACAUGGUUCAUUCAAAUCUUCUCAAAUGUAGACAUGGUUGUCAACAUAGUGUUGGUAAGUUUAUGGAUGCAAGAGAUCGAUGGAUGGUAGCAAACAAGAUCGAAGGACAGUAGAUAGAAAGAUUAAGCAAAACUAUUAGAAGUUAAAUAUCAAGCACAAUUACUUAACAUGUUAAUUACGUGCAUGUUUUCAGGAACUUUCGAAAUGUAUUUAGACCAUAAAUAUUCUUUGAUAAAAAUUUGUCUACAGUUAUUCAAACGUGAAUCCAA